AUGACCCUUAUUGUUGCCUCAUUAUUUCUCCCGUACUCGAUUGAGUUUGAGGUCGAGAAGCAAGAAGAACAGCCUACCCGCCCAAAACUCGUCUCACGCCAGUCCAGUUCACUUAGCGUUCCACGGCCGGUUCACCCUUCCAAAACUCCCACGCUAAGCUCCAUCUUUCCGGCGUUAAUUGCGCGCGCGAAUAAUACGACACCCGUGCCGGCCGCGCUCUCGCGCGCUCCUGGCACCGAAAGUGGCGACGAGCAGUUCUUCUACAACCACAAGAGCCAAACCGUCACCCCCAAGUCCAUCCAGCCAACGUCCAAGGCGAAUAUGCUCGUGAAAGCGUCCAUCGUUGACGGAAAGAAGUGGACAAAUGAGGUGCUUGGUCUUCCGUCGCUCCGGGUCAGCAGAAGCUCGUCCUCCACACAGACGCCUACCUUGGGCCAGAUUGCCAAAACCCUCUCUGCGUCGCAGGUGACCACCAGCUUGGCCGAGCUUUCCCUUGGGAAUGGUCGCACCAAGACCAACACCAACUACCGCGAGUGGAACGCCGCGCACACGAUUGAGGACAUUGAGGACGAGCUUCCCGCGUCUGAGAAGAGCAAGCUUGCCCCGUAUGGUGGCUUUUCCAAGCCGGACAUCCAGGCGUCGCUCCACAGUCAGAACGUGUUUGAGUCUGCGCCGUUCACCGUCGUUCCCUUCCGCAAGGGCAACGGGAGCUUGAAGAAUGCAGUCAAGUUGUCAGCCGAACACGGGGUAAUUGACCGCUGCCGGUGGGUCGGGACGAUCGGGAUUCCGUGCGACGAGAUUCCUGAUGCCAAAAAGAGUGCUAUCGCGGCCGAGUUGAGUGCCAAUUGGGGCUCUGAGGUGGCGUUUGUCAGCGACACCACGUUCCUGGGGCAUUACCGCUCCUUCUGCAAGCAGAUCUUGUGGCCAACCUUGCACUACCAGAUCCCUGACAAUCCUAAGAGCAAGGCAUUUGAGGAACACUCGUGGGAGCACUAUUGCGCGUUGAACCAGGCCAUCGCAGACAAGAUUGUGGAGACGUACAAAUCAGAGGACGACAUUGUCUGGGUCAACGACUACCACUUGUUACUUGUGCCCCAAAUGGUCAGAGAGAAGCUCCCCGGCGCAAAGAUCGGCUUCUUUCUCCAUGUGUCGUUCCCGUCGUCUGAGGUCUUUCGCUGCUUCGCUCAGCGCAAGAGGCUUCUUGCGGGUAUGCUAGGUGCGGACUCGAUCGCCUUCCAGACAAGCGAAUAUGUGAGACACUUUCUCCAGACGUGUAACCGGCUCUUACUUGCAGACGUGUCGGCAAACGGGAUCUCAUACGACAGCCGUUUGAUCAGCGUGGAGGCGAUUCCCGUGGGGAUUGACGCAUCCGCGUUGCGCGCGCAGCUCGCCAUGCCGGAGGUGCGCGAGUUCCGCGACUUGGUGGCGGAGCGCUGGCACGGUAAGCGCUUGAUUGUUUCGCGCGACAUGUUUGACAGAAUCAGGGGCUUGAAGCAGAAGUUGCUCGCCUACGAACGGUUCCUCAACACCUACCCUGGCUAUGCCGAAACGACCGUGUUGAUUCAGAUCUGCUUGAAGGGUGCGGGGGACGAGGAGCUUGAGAGCGAAAUCAUGCCGAUUAUUGAUCGAAUCAACGGCUUAACCACCAGUUUUGCGGACUCCCAGCCAGUGGUCUUUCUCAACCAGGACAUUGACUUUGCUCAGUAUCUCGCGCUUUUGUGUGAGGCCGACACGUUUGCGGUGACGUCCAUGCGUGAGGGGAUGAACUUGACAUGCCACGAGUUCAUUGUGGCGACAGAGAAGCAUUCACCGUUGAUUUUGUCUGAGUUUACCGGUUCGGCAUCGGUGUUGGAGGACUCGGCGCUCUUGGUCAACCCGUGGGACAUGCACGAGGUGUCUGAGGCAUUUCUCCACGCAUUGACAAUGCCAGCGGGGGAGAAGGCGGAGCGCUGGGCAAGCGCCUAUGAGGUGGUUGUCAACACCAACUCCCAGGUGUGGGUCGAGACGUGCCUCCUGGCCGUUGUGGAUGCCUGGAUCGAGCAACAGGUGAGGAGCUCGUGUAACGUCAAGUUUUUGACGGCAGGGGACUACGCUGAGUUCUGCAAGCCGGCGUUGCAGCGCUUGUUUCUCUUGGAUUUCGUGUCUUCCACCGUGACGGUGGUCAAAGGCGAUAAGUUGGUGUCGAACCAGACACAGCGCAUGAUCCAGGUGCUCAACGAGUUGCUCGCGGACCCCCUCAACACGGUGUACGUCAUCUCCUACUACAAAAAGUCGGUGCUAGAGCGGAUGUACCGGAGAUUGCCCCAAUUGGGGCUUGUGGCCGAGAAUGGGGGCUACGUCAAGUUUGGCGGAACGGAUGAAUGGGUCGCGAUUGUGGACGAAAGCUCGUUGAGCUGGAUGGACCCCGUAAUCAAGGUGAUCAACUCAAUGGUGGUGCGCUUGCCGGGGUCUUAUUUGGAGGUUGAGGACUGCACCGUGCGCUUCAACCUUGCCAAAAGCAUGGAGGACGACACUGAGCGUGCCAAUCUGGUCAUUGGCGACUGCAUCACCUAUGUCAACGACUUCUUCAACGGUGUGGACGUUCACGCCACAUGUUUGAAGGAUGUGGUGAUUGUCCAGCAGAGCAACUUGUUAUUGCAGGCUUUGACUCGCAUCUUGCACCGUCUUUCCAGCGACGGCGACUGUGUAUGGUCGAGCUCCACGUCCUUGGCAUCCUUGGGCUCCACUCCAGUCCCAGAUGUGGAAUAUCCGGAGCCGCUCGGGUCGCUCUUUGUCUGUGGCCCUUCCACCUACAUCUUUGAGCCGGCGUUUGAGUACUUUAAUGACUUGGAAUCCAACGGCAAGGCCCGCAACGUAUUGAGUGUUGCCAUUGGCGAUAACAACGGCACGUAUGCUAAGAUGGAUGUCAAGGGGUUUAAUGACCUCUUGACGAUUUUAAGCAAAGGCUUGAAGUGA